UUGAGGAACAGCCUGAAGACUGGACGCAGGUGAAGUCGAGACAGGACGCUCUUUGUCCGCAUCCGCAGUGCAACAUGAGGGAAAUCGUUCACAUCCAGGCUGGACAGUGCGGAAAUCAGAUCGGGGCCAAGUUCUGGGAGGUGAUAAGUGAUGAGCAUGGCAUCGACCCCACUGGUAGCUACCAAGGUGACAGUGACCUGCAGCUGGAGAGGAUAAACGUCUACUACAAUGAAGCCUCAGGGAGUACAGGCAGCAAAUUUGUCCCCCGUGCCAUUCUGGUGGACUUGGAGCCGGGAACCAUGGACUCAGUUCGCUCUGGCCCCUUCGGGCAGCUCUUCAGGCCUGAUAACUUUGUCUUUGGUCAAAGUGGAGCAGGAAACAACUGGGCCAAGGGUCACUACACUGAGGGAGCCGAGCUGGUGGAUUCAGUCCUGGAUGUGGUGAGGAAAGAGUCAGAGAACUGCGACUGCCUUCAGGGCUUCCAGCUCACCCACUCCCUGGGUGGAGGCACGGGUUCAGGAAUGGGUACGCUGCUCAUAAGCAAGAUCCGUGAGGAGUACCCAGACCGGAUCAUGAACACCUUCAGCGUCAUGCCUUCCCCAAAAGUGUCCGACACAGUGGUGGAGCCGUACAACGCGACUCUCUCUGUCCACCAGCUCGUGGAAAAUACAGACGAGACCUUCAGUAUCGACAAUGAGGCCCUAUACGAUAUCUGCUUCCGCACUUUGAAGCUGACCACGCCUACCUAUGGCGACCUCAACCACCUGGUGUCAGCCACCAUGAGUGGAGUGACCACCUGCCUCCGUUUCCCUGGACAACUCAAUGCUGACCUCCGUAAACUGGCAGUGAACAUGGUGCCCUUUCCUCGCCUGCAUUUCUUCAUGCCGGGGUUUGCGCCCCUCACAAGCAGGGGCAGCCAGCAGUAUCGCGCCCUUUCCGUACCAGAGCUCACACAGCAGAUGUUUGACGCCAAGAACAUGAUGGCAGCGUGCGACCCUCGCCACGGACGCUACCUGACCGUGGCAGCCAUCUUCCGAGGUCGUAUGUCGAUGAAGGAAGUAGACGAACAGAUGUUGAGUGUGCAGAACAAGAACAGCAGCUACUUUGUCGAAUGGAUCCCAAACAACGUCAAGACAGCCGUUUGCGACAUCCCCCCACGUGGCCUCAAGAUGUCCGCCACCUUCAUUGGCAACAGCACGGCUAUCCAGGAGCUGUUCAGGAGGAUCUCCGAGCAGUUCACCGCCAUGUUCAGACGCAAGGCCUUCCUGCACUGGUACACGGGAGAAGGAAUGGACGAAAUGGAGUUUACGGAGGCUGAGAGCAACAUGAAUGACCUGGUGUCUGAGUACCAGCAGUACCAGGACGCCACUGCUGAUGAGAUGGGCGAAUAUGAAGAAGAUGAGAUGGAGGAUGAGGACGAAGUCCGCCAUGAUGUUCGCCACUGAUUGUUAAGCUCUGGCAUGGAGUCGCCAACAUCAGAAUUGAAGUUGGACAUUGCAGAGAGAUCAUAAGUACACUAACAAUGCUGAUGUUUAACUACUUAACACAGAGCGCAUUUCAUGAUGAAAUAUAGCUUUUAUGCCAAAAUUAUACUGCAUAUAGAUAUGGCUUAUGCUGACAAAGAUUAUGAGUGGCAUUAGAUCUUAAAAAUAUGCAAAUACCAUAGUAAUGGGUUUUCCAAGUCAUGCUAUGCCAAUAUGAAGUACAGCCUUGUCCUAAAUACAGUACAGUUUUGUACCAUUUACUUCAAUGUGCAUUAUCUGUCAAGUCUUGAAUAAAAU